CCAAUCAGACGGCUCGGGUUUCUGUGAUCGACUUGCGCUCAGCCAAUCGCAGGCUUUGUUUUGGCUAACUGCUAUCUGAGCCGAGGCUAGGCUGCUGGACUGAAACCGAAACUCCAAACUUGAUCAACAUUAAGCUAACUGGACCGAAGCUCCGUCUCUCCAGAAGACUCUGUUGAAAUGCCUCAGACCAACAAGUCAGCGAGCAGCGCCACUGUGCCGGGUCAGGUUUCUGCCGCAGACCAGGGUGAGCCGCCGCCGCUGCCACAGGAUGUCAGGAACCAGGUGGCUGCUGGAGACGAAGAUGGAGCUGGAGGAGUCGCUGCAGGAGACCAGGGAGACCCUGAGAUCAUCAAAUCGCCCAGUGACCCGAAGAAAUACAGGUACAUCGAGCUGAGUAACGGCCUCAGAGCGCUCCUCAUCUCCGACUUCAGCGGGGCCGACGGGAAGGGAGGCGGUGAAAACGGAGAGGACAGGGCAGAGGAUGGAGAGCAGGAGGAAGAGGAGGAAGGUGAGGAAGAAGGGGAUUCAGGCGAGGGGUCAGAGGAGGACGAGGAGGAAGACGAGGAGGAGGAGCAGGACAGCGACUUCGACGAGCUGGACGAGGAGAGCACGGGGAAGAAGAAGAGAGGGAGCUCUGAGAAGCAGGCGGCAGCGGCUCUGUGCAUCAGCGUCGGGAGCUUCAGUGACCCCGACGACCUGCCCGGCCUCGCCCACUUCCUGGAGCACAUGGUGUUUAUGGGCAGUGAGAAAUAUCCAGCAGAGAACGGCUUCGACGCCUUCCUGAAGAAGCACGGCGGGAGCGACAACGCCUCCACCGACUGCGAGAGAACCAUCUUCCAGUUCGACGUACAGAGGAAGUAUUUCAGAGAGGCGCUCGACAGGUGGGCUCAGUUCUUCAUCUGUCCUCUGAUGAUAGAAGAUGCCAUCGACAGGGAGGUGGAGGCUGUGGACAGCGAGUACCAGUUGGCGAGGCCGUCUGACUCGCAUCGUAAGGAGAUGCUGUUUGGGAGUCUGGCGAAACCCGGACACCCGAUGGGCAAAUUCUGCUGGGGUAACGCUCAGACAUUAAAGCACGAGCCCAGAGAGAAACAGAUCAACACCUACCAGCGGCUCCGACACUUCUGGAAGAGAUACUACUCGGCUCACUACAUGACGCUCGCCGUUCAGUCCAAAGAGACUCUGGACACUCUGGAGCAGUGGGUGAGAGAGAUCUUCAUCAAAGUUCCCAACAACGGUGAACCUCAGGCAGACUUCUCCCACCUGCAGCAGCCGUUUGACACUCCGGCCUUCAACAAACUCUACAGAGUUGUUCCUGUUAGGAAGGUUCACGCUCUGACCAUCAGCUGGGCCGUACCGCCACAGGGGAAACACUACAGGGUGAAGCCUCUCCACUACAUCUCCUGGCUGAUCGGACACGAAGGAACCGGCAGCAUCCUGUCGCUGCUCAGGAAGAAGUGCUGGGCUCUGGCUCUGUUUGGAGGAAACAGUGAGACGGGUUUCGAUCAGAACACCACCUACUCCAUCUUCUCCAUCUCCAUCACCCUCACUGACCAGGGCUACCAGAACUUCUAUCAGGUCGUCCAUUUUGUCUUCCAGUACCUGAAGAUGCUGCAGACCCUGAACCCCCAGCAGAGGAUCUACGAGGAAAUUCAGAAGAUAGAAGCCAACGAGUUUCACUAUCAGGAGCAGACGGAUCCCAUCGAGUUUGUGGAGAACAUCUGUGAGAACAUGCAGCUGUUUCCCAAAGAGGACUUCCUGACCGGAGACCAGCUCAUGUUUGAGUACAACCCCGAGGUGAUCAGUGCUGCUCUGUCCCUGCUGACCCCCGACAGAGCCAACCUGCUGCUGCUGUCACCAGAGAACGAAGGUCACUGUUCUCUCAGAGAGAAAUGGUUCGGGACCUGCUACAGCAUGGAGGACAUCUCAGACGAGUGGGCGCAGCGCUGGGCAGGAGACUUCGAACUCAACCCUGAUCUCCACCUUCCUGCUGAGAACAAAUUCAUCGCGACGGACUUCACCCUGAAGACGUCUGACUGUCCAGACUCUGAGUUUCCCGUCAGGAUCGUGAACACGGAUCGAGGAUGUUUGUGGUACAAGAAGGACAACAAGUUCAAGAUCCCCAAAGCUUAUAUUCGCUUCAACCUGAUCACCCCGAUGAUCCAGAAGAGUCCUGAGAAUCUGGUGCUGUUCGACAUCUUUGUGAACAUCUUGGCUCACAACCUGGCAGAGCCGGCCUACGAGGCCGACGUGGCUCAGCUGGAGUACAAACUGGUGGCGGGAGAGCACGGGCUGGUGAUCCGGCUGAAGGGCUUCAACCACAAGCUGCCGCUGCUGUUGAAGCUGAUCGUGGAUCAUCUGGCAGAGUUCAGCGCCGAGCCGGGCGUCUUCACCAUGUUCUCUGAGCAGCUGAAGAAGACCUACUUCAACAUCCUCAUCAAACCAGAGCGACUCGGCAAGGACGUCCGUCUGUUGAUCCUGGAGCACUGUCGCUGGUCGGUCAUUCAGAAGUAUCAGGCCGUCAUGAAGGGUCUGACCGUCGACGACCUCCUGACCUUCGUCUCCGGGCUGAAGGCGGAGCUGUACGCUGAGGGGCUGGUGCAGGGAAACUUCACCAGCACGGAGUCAAAGGAGUUUCUGCAGUACUUCAUCGAGAAGCUGCAGUUCCAGCCUCUGUCAGCAGAGGUCCCCGUGUUGUUCCGGGUGGUGGAGCUGCCUCAGAAACAACAUCUGUGUAAAGUCAAAUCUCUCAACAAAGGAGACGCCAACUCUGAGGUCACCGUCUACUACCAGUCGGGGCUGAAGAACCUCAGAGAACACGCUCUGAUGGAGCUGAUGGUGAUGCACAUGGAGGAGCCCUGCUUCGACUUCCUCAGGACGAAGGAGACACUGGGGUACCAGGUGUACCCGACCUGCAGGAACACCUCAGGGGUGCUGGGGUUCUCUGUCACCGUGGAAACACAGGCCACUAAAUUCAGCACGGAGUUCGUUGAGGAGAAGAUCGAGGAGUUUCUGGUCAGCUUUGGCGAGCGUUUGUCGGGUCUGAGCGAGGAAGCUUUUAAGACCCAGGUGACGGCUCUCAUCAAGCUGAAGGAGUGCGAGGACGCCCACCUGGGAGAAGAAGUGGACCGCAACUGGUUUGAGGUCGUCACACAGCAGUACGUCUUCAAGAGGCUCGACAAGGAGAUUGAGGCCCUGAAGCUCUUCAGUCAGGAGGAGCUGGUCUCCUGGUUCCUGGAGCACAGAAACAGCAGCAGGAAGCUCAGCGUUCAUGUUGUCGGUUUCGGGACGGAGGAGAACGACUCACCAGAUCAGAGCGACGCCUGCAGCCCCGCCACCCCCGACAACCCUCCCUCCUCAGCCUACGGUGAAGUGAGCGAGCUGACCUUCCUGCCGGCCUCCUCGCCUUCGCUCCAGGACGCCACGCUCAUCACCGACAUCAGAGCCUUCACCUCCUCCCUCAACCUCCACCCCUACCACAAAAUCCUCAGCUAGCUUGCCCUCGCUGUCGGAGAUAACGCAGUAACCAUGGAAACGGCUGGCACUGCUGUUUGAUGGAGGAGGACGUUGUUAGGACGGACAGACACCGAGGAACAUUUUACUUGUUUAGUUAUUUUGUUUUAUGCAAGUGGUUGUAAUAAUGCUGCAUUCACGUCCUGUGGGAAAAGUCUGGGCCUGUAUUCAGACAACAUCCUAUAAUCACACCUACAAAUCAGGUUUGCAAAACCAGAAAAAUACAUAAAAUAAACAAACAUGAACCAUUUUAUGUAGCUAAUAAAAAAGUAACUCAUGAGAGUAAUCUGCUGUACUGUAGCAAAAACAACAUGCUGAAAUUAAGCUGAGCUCGGAGCUGAUGAAUGUUGCAGUCAGGUGGACGUUAAAGAAAAAGUGUUAACAGAUUAAACUUUUGAUUUCACACUCGAUCAUAUUUUACACUUUCUAUAUUAUCAGCAAAUAACGUUCUGUAUAGUUUUUUCUACACGCAGUGAUGAUGUUGAAAAAGAACUGAGGACGGUUUCAGCUGCCGUUAACUUGUGAAGGUGGAGAUGGUUUUUUACUUCUAAUGUCACCCUGUGGUGGGAAAUACAGAGAAACAAUAGUGCUGCAGGUAUGAGUCCUGAAACCAGAACACAAAUUAGCAUUUUUGCACUUCCUGUUCCAUCGUCUAAAAGUCAGAAGGUUUUUGGGUAGAUGUCUGAAACGAGGUCUUUGUUAAACACAAGCUCAACAGAUUUUCAUGUUUUGUUCUUCAACAUAACAUUUCUCAGCAUUUGUGAAUUACAAAAGCUCUUCAUGUGUUUAAAACAGUUAGCGGUUGCUAAAGUGUCUAAAUGAGACCAGAGAGGUUGUUGAGGACUUUAAACGUCCUCACAGUGAACACGGAGACUCAUCUACUCACUGCUCCGUCUUUACAGGCCACUUCAGUUACACACUGUUCAUAUCUACCAGAAUCUGAUCAAUCUAAGCUGUUAAAUUGCAGCGUGUAUUCCAUAGUGUAGUAAGAAGCGUAGUGGUGGUGACACUGAAGUCACACAUUUGUUUGUAGCCCAACAUUAGAUUUUUACUUCUAGAAAUGUUUUAUCUUGAUGAACAAAACUUGGAAGGAUCAUUAACUUCUGUCUGACAAUUAUUUUUUGCAGUAAUCCAAAAUGUGAAAGCCCUCAGAGGGAACCAGGGCCAAGCCAACAGAAAUAUGUCAUCAUGGCUCCUUCACCAGUGAUUAUAAACAAGUUAGUGAACUAAUGAUUUGCAUGAAUGGUGGAAGGUUUACAGCGGGCAGCCUGAGACUAACAGCAGCGUCAGUACAGGGGCCCCGUUUAUAAAACAAUUCUUAGAUUAACACUUGAACUUUAUCUUGAUCAUUUGCAACUGUGUGCUUACCUUUGAAUCAUAAAAGAUGAUGAACAUAAAAAAACUUUGCUCUAAGAAUCCCAUUUGUGACUUAGACACCUGUGAUCCAUAAAUAUAAAAUCAACUUAACUGACAACACCUGCCAUGUGACUGCCUCAUAUAAUGCAGCCGAAUAAAGAAUUAGUCAAUGACGGACCAAAAGACAAAAUCAGACUUUUUGGAUGUUGAGAUCACAGUAAUGGUAGAAGACAAUGAAGUCAUGCAACUCGUAUUAUUCAUUGGACUAAGUAGUUGGUUGACAAAGAACUGCAGCUUGGGAGUGUGUGUUCUUGUUUUUCUCAAAGUUCAUCAGAGUCACAGCUGCAGUGACCCCACAUACACACCUAGCAGGAGAAUGUGUGGACUAACAAUCAAGAUCAGUUCCAUAUCAAAGUCAGGUUUAAUAAAUAACUACUCGUACGUGGUUUUCUGCUUUAGUCAUAAGAUCAGAACUAAUUGCAAGUCUGUUUUAAAUAAGGCCCCAGAUGCCAACUGUUACCAACAGAGUAAUCACUGUAGUGAGACUCGUAAAAUGCAAAUGUGAUAUAUGUAGAAACCAACAAUUGACGCAAAACCAAUCAUUUCUGCACACAGCACGUUCCCUCUAGCUGUGAGGUAGCGAAGACCUCGUUUUAUGUUGAAAGGCACAGGCAUUUCCUGUUGCUCUGCACAGGAAGUUGGUCCACCAACUCUGGGUCAGGACUGAUUAGCUGCUCUGAGACACUUGAUUACAGGCGUCUCAGCGUCUGACUGAUGCAGGAUUUACACUGCUAAAAAAAAUAAUGUUCCAUUUAUCCAAAUAACAUACAUCAUUUUUAUAUUGGACAAAAUUUGGAAAUAUCAGAGGAAACAGUGUAAGGAAUAAUAUGUCCGUUGUUACUGUGAAAAUGCUGAACAGAAGCAACAAAAGUACAGAAAAGUACAAUCUUGGUGAAUUUAACUGAGUCAGAUUGUUUCCUUGUUGCUUUUAGCUCUGAAAUGAUGUGUCUGAUUAUUCCCAGGUGAAGUGAAUGCAGCACGAUGACUCAGGGCUCUGGUUUAAAAUAUGACAACAAGAAGGGCAGAACUAUCAUUUUAACAUCACUUCAGCCAGUAUCACUGAAAAAUCAACUGCUAUGUUUUUAUUUAUUACAUAUACAUGUUCAUACUGUACUAAUGGAGGAUGUAUAUGAAGCAUUAAAUGUACAGACUAACAGUUUAUCUGGUGGCCAGUGAUACACGACUGUGACCUGUUUUAACUCAGAAUGUACUGCAGUAGGCUGGAGGCUCAGAGUGCCACCAGAAUAAUCUGAAUUAAUUCUGUUUGCAUUUAAAUCACUAUUAAAAACACCUUAAUUAAAUACUUCAUUAAA